GUCAUAGAUAGUAUAAGUCAUUGUUAUCAUUGCCAAAAAGUACUCUGUAGUGGUGUAAAACGUAAAUACAGACUUUUUAUAGCAUGUUCUUUAUAAAUUAUUUAUAUAAACCACAUUUUUAUAAAUACUAAAGCUAUUAAAAGCACUAAAACAAUGCAGCGACUACGUAAAGUACUUCCAUCUUUGGCCGUAAAGCAUCACAAACUACUUAAGUCUCAUAUAAGAAAUCAACUUAGAUGCCUUUCUACAAUUGACCACCCCCCUGGAGCGGUAGAGAGACCUACACUCUCUAUACCACAAGGCACCUUCGGCCAAGCAACCUGUCACACCCAUCCGCACUUGAUCCAACAGGGGCAUCUUACUUGCGGGAUCACACAAAAAGAAUAUGCGGAGAGGAGAGAAACCUUAAUUAGCAGACUUGUGAGUGAAGCUCCGAAUGUGCACAAAACACAUAUUGUAGUAAUCCCAGCUGCCCGCAAACAAUUCAUGUCUGAUAAAAUACCUUAUGUGUUUAGACAGAAUUCGGACUUUUUCUAUCUUACAGGAUGUUUAGAACCUUCAGCUAUACUAGUCAUGAUUAAGCCAGCACACAGUGAUACUUUUAAGAGUGUACUAUUUGUUCACGAGAAAGACAGUCAUGCAGAACUGUGGGAAGGUCCUCGAACUGGCUGCACGGCUGCCACACAGCUGUUUGCUGUGGACGAAGCUAGACCUGUCGACAGCUUUAGUGUAUACAUCAAUAAGUUAGCGGCAUCAUCCAAACCUUCUGUCCUGUGGUACCACAACGAAGCACCUGCAAAUCCUGAAAUCCACAGCACGAUACGCUCCGUGAUACAUCCUGAAACACAGGUGACGUUGGCGGAUCCACAAAGAACGCUUCACUUCAUGAGGGUGAUCAAGUCUCCAGCCGAAGUGGAGCUGAUGAAGGAGGUGUGCUACAUUGGGUCACAGAGCGUUAACACAGCAAUGGCCUGCACCAAACCCGGUAUAUCGGAGCACGCGGUGUGCUCGGUGCUGGAGCACAGCGGGCGCGUGAGUGGCGCGGAGCACAGUUCGUUCCCGGCCGUGGUCGCGGGGGCCGCCCGGGCCGCGCACAUACACUACGUCGCCAACAACCAGCUGCUCAACCACGGGGACCUGCUGCUCGUCGACUCUGGCUGUCAGCGUUGGUUGUACAACUCUGACAUCUCCCGCACGUGGCCGGUCUCCGGACUCUUCACGCGCCACCAGAGGAUCCUGUACGAGCUGGUGCUCGCCGUGCAGAAACGCUUAAUAGAAAUCCUGGGGGAGCACCGCCCAGCGCUGGACCAGCUGUUCGACAGCAUGUGCCGGCUGCUGGGCACGCAGCUGCAGCAAGAGGGGAUACUGCCCAAGAACAUUGAUGGGCACGAACUGAUCUCGAUGGCGUACAGCCUGUGUCCGCACCACGUGUCGCACCACCUGGGGCUGGACGUGCACGACGCGCCGCUGGUCCGCCGCGCCACGCCCGUGCUCGCCAACAUGAUCGUCACUGUCGAGCCCGGUAUCUACAUCCGGACGGACGACACCCGGGUGCCGGAGGAGUUCCGCGGCCUGGGUAUCCGUAUAGAAGACGACGUCCUCAUCACGGACGGUGACCCGCUGGUGCUCACCGACUCCUGCGCCAAGGAGGUGCAGGAUAUAGAAGCCAUAGUCGGGAAACAGGCUUACUGAUGAUCAUACAAACUAACUUAACGUAACGUUUUUUACUGGUGGUAGGACCUCUUGUGAGUCCGCGCGGGUAGGUACCACCACCCUGCCUAUUUCUGCCGUGAAGCAGUAAUGCGUUUCGGUUUGAAGGGCGGGGCAGCCGUUGUAACUAUACUGAGACCUUAGAACUUAUAUCUCAAGGUGGGUGGCGCAUUUACGUUGUAGAUGUCUAUGGGUCCCGGUAACCCCUUAACACCAGGUGGGCUGUCAGCUCGUCCACCCACCUCAGCAAUAAAUAAAUAAAAAAUAAAAAAAUUGGCUAGCUAACACGCGUUUUGGACAAAAUGCGACAAAAGUAUACAAUUUAGACUGCAAGAAAAUUAUAAUAGAACAUUAUAUUGCGUGUGAAUUCGAUAUGUGUUUUACUAGUAUUAUGACUUCGGACAUAUUUUACUAAUAGUUCCUUUAAUUUAGUUCCAUUUUAUUGUAAUGUAUGUCCAUGUUAUAGCUCAUUUAUCAGAAUGGGACGUCAGCUAUAAAACGCUGUGACCGACGACAGAUGGCGCGCAAAUACUUUUUCCAGGACAUUGAUAUUUUUCACACAAUUAUCCACACAUCAAAGCGUGGCAGGGUGCCACUACUAAUGAUCAUAAAAAUAGAAAAAAUAAGGAAAGUAUUAGACCACGAUUGCCAAACUAGACACACGGAUCUACGUAUUGGUGUUUUUUAAUAAUAAUUAAUUGUUAACCUAAUUUAUGUAUGCUUAUUGCUUAUUGAAAUUACGUAAAUUUAAUUUGUCGAAUUACAAGAGUAAUUCAAUUACCAGUUGAUCAAUUUAUAAGUGAAGGUUUUCCAAAAAGUUAGUGAUAAAUAUUUAUUUAUUCAUAUAAAAUUAUUCAGAAACAAUAUAAAGAUUUACGAUAUUUAUUAUUUAUUUAAAAUGCACUUCAUCGCCCAAAGAUUAGUUUUUUCAUGAGGAAAUGUUGAUGUUUUGACACAUCUAAGAUCAAAAUUCCGAUUCAUUUUUUUAUUAUUAAACCAUUUGUUUGUACAGAAGAAAGCAUGUUUCAUUUGUAAAUUGUAUAUAAUAAUAUAAAAAAACCUACUGGUAUAAUUACGAUGGAAAAUGUCAUCAUCAUUGAAACAUUAAAAGAUUAUUUGCAAGGC